AUGACGCGCAUCUUCAAUUGCUUGCUAGUCGCCCUAGCUUGUCUAGGAGCCGCAGUCGCAGCCAAAGCAGAAGACCAAGACACCAAAUCAUACGAUCAAGCCGUCACACAAUGGCCACUGCAAGAUAAUGGCCUCAACACUGUCGUGCAAUGGGAUCACUACAGCUUCCAAGUAAACGGUCAACGUAUCUUCAUCUUCUCCGGUGAAUUCCACUACUGGCGUCUCCCCGUCCCGGCCCUGUGGCGUGACAUCCUCGAGAAGAUCAAAGCAGCCGGCUUCACAGCCUUCGCUUUCUAUUCCAGCUGGGCGUACCACGCACCGAACAACGGAACAGUGGACUUCUCAACUGGAGCUCGUGAUAUCGUCCCCAUCUUCGAGCUCGCUAAGGAAUUGGGCCUGUACAUCAUCGUCCGCCCCGGCCCGUAUGUCAACGCUGAAGCCAAUGCUGGUGGCUUCCCGUUGUGGCUCACCACCGGUGAGUACGGUACCCUCCGUAAUAAUGAUACUCGCUAUACGAAUGCUUGGACCCCGUACUUCAGCGAAGUGACCGAGAUCACUAGCAACUACCAGGUGACUGAUGGCCAUAACUCCAUCGUUUAUCAGAUCGAGAAUGAGUAUGGAAUGCAAUGGCUGGGUGAUCCUUCCCUGCGGGUGCCAAAUGAGACCGCCAUUGAAUACAUGGAGCUGCUCAAGGCCAAUGCUCGUAAGAAUGGUAUUACGGUGCCGCUCACCGUGAAUGAUCCUAAUAUGAACACGCACUCGUGGGGCAAGGACUGGUCUGUUGGAACUGAUGUCGGUGGCAAUGUUGAUGUCCCUGGUGUGGACUCUUAUCCUUCGUGUUGGACCUGUGAUCUCAGCCAGUGCACAUCCACCAAUGGCCCAUACAUCCCCUUCCAGGUCCUGGAAUAUCACGAUUACUUCCAAGAAUCCCAGCCUAAUAUGCCCGGUUUCAUGCCCGAAUUCCAGGGUGGCUCGUACAACCCCUGGGGUGGACCUGAAGGCGGCUGCCCUGAGGAUAUCGGUGACGACUUUGCCAACCUGUUCUACCGCUGGAACAUUGGCCAGCGCGUGACCGCCAUGUCCUUGUACAUGAUGUUUGGUGGUCAGAACCCCGGUGCUAUGGCUGCACCAGUGACGGCUACCAGUUACGACUACUCGGCGCCCAUCUCUGAGGAUCGGUCUAUCUGGUCGAAAUAUCAUGAGACUAAGUUGCUGUCAUUGUUCACUCGCGCUGCGAGGGAUCUGACCAUGACUGAGUUGCUUGGUAAUGGAACGCAGUACACUGAUAACCCCGCUGUGAGGGCUUAUGAGCUCCGCAAUCCGGAGACGAAUGCUGCGUUCUAUGCUACUUUCCAUUCCAACACUUCCCUCUCGACGAACGAGCCCUUCCACUUGAAGGUUAACACUUCCGCUGGUGCUCUGACUGUCCCUAAAUAUGCCAACACUAUUCGCUUGAAUGGACGUCAGUCGAAAAUCCUUGUGACCGACUUCACCUUCGGCUCGAAGACGCUGCUGUACUCCACUGCCGAGGUCCUGACAUAUACUGUCUUCGAUAAACAGCCUACACUGGUUCUCUGGGUUCCGACUGGCGAGUCUGGCGAGUUCUCUAUCAAGGGAGCCAAGAAGGGUUCUAUCAAGAAGUGCCAGGGAUGUUCGCGCGUCAAGUUCAUCAAGGAACACGGUGGUCUGACCACCUCGUUCACUCAAUCCGCUGGCACAACUGUUCUGGAAUACGAUAACGGUGUUAGAGUUAUCGUUCUUGAUAGAUCGGCAGCUUAUGACUUCUGGGCUCCUGCACUCACAAACGAUCCAUUUGUGCCGGAGACAGAGAGUGUUUUCGUCCAGGGCCCGUACCUCGUCCGCGAUGCUAAGCUGUCUGGCCACAAGCUCGCGAUCACCGGUGACGUCGUCAACGCAACCACAAUAGAAAUCUUUGCACCCAAGGGUGUCAACUCUGUGACCUGGAAUGGAAAGAAGGUUAACAUUCGUUCAACUGAGUACGGCAGUCUCAAGGGCUCGCUCAAGGCCCCGAAAUCUAUCAAUCUGCCAACUUUGGGUUCGUGGAAAUCGAACGACAGCCUGCCAGAGCGGUUCACAGAUUAUGAUGAUUCUGGUGUAGCCUGGGUUGCCGCCGACCACAUGACGACGCUCAACCCGAGGACCCCGACAAGUUUGCCUGUCCUUUACGCCGAUCAAUACGGAUUCCACAACGGCGUCCGUCUGUGGCGUGGAUAUUUCAACGGAACCGCGACUGGGGCCUUCAUCAACGUCCAAGGAGGAUAUGCAUUCGGCUGGUCCGCCUGGCUGAACGGCGAAUUCCUCACCUCCUACCUCGGCGCUGCCACAGCAGACCAAGCAAACCUAACCCUGUCCUUCACAAACGCAACUCUACACACCAGCAAGCCAAACGUGCUCCUAAUCGUCCACGAUGACACAGGCCACGACGAAACAACCGGCGCUCUCAACCCACGCGGGAUCAUGGACGCAAACCUUCUCGGCUCGGACUCGGGCUUUACGCACUGGCGUCUAGCCGGUACUGCCGGCGGCGAGUCAGACCUGGACCCCGUGCGCGGUGUGUACAAUGAGGACGGACUAUUCGCCGAACGUGUUGGAUGGCAUCUACCCGGUUUCGAUGACUCGGCCUGGGGCAAGGAGAAAUCCACUACCAAGGAUAAGCAUUCGACGACUUCUCUCCUUAGCUUCGAGGGCGCGACGGUUCGCUUCUUCCGUACUACCAUUCCCCUUUCUAUCCCUGCGCACACUGAUGUGUCUAUUUCGUUUGUUCUUUCCACGCCAGCUGGCGUAACGACGAAGUAUCGCGCUCAGUUGUUUGUCAACGGUUACCAGUAUGGACGGUACAAUCCCUACAUUGGAAACCAGGUUGUUUAUCCUGUUCCUGCCGGUAUUUUGGAUUAUACCGGAGAGAACACCAUUGGUGUGGCGGUUUGGGCGCAGAGCGAGGAGGGCGCUACUAUUGGAAUUGACUGGCGGAUUAACUACAUUGCUGACAGUUCGUUGGAUGUUGCUUCGAUGGAUACCAAGGCUUUGCGGCCCGAGUGGACUGAGGAUAGAGUGAAGUAUGCUUGA